AUGAGUUUUAUUUGUUGGAAUGCUCGGGGUUCGGGGAGUCUCCGAGCAUUCCGAAAUCUCUCCCUUCUUGUGAAGCAGCAUAAGCCUUGUUUUCUUUUUGUAAUGGAAACUAAACUAGGGGUUGGUUCUAGUUUUAGUUUUAAGUCUAGGCUUUCUUUUGAUAAUAUUUUGGAAAUUCCUAGAAGGGGCUUAGGAGGGGGUUUACUUCUGUUUUGGACUGCUGCUAUUGAUGUACAUAUUAACAAUUACUCCUCUAAUCAUGUGGACUGUUUUGUAUCUAUGACUGAUAAUUCUAAUACUAAAUGGCAUGUUUCUUGUUUUUAUGGUUCUCCUUAUGUUUCGGAAAAGCCUCAUACUUGGACUCUUUUGCAUCGUUUGUAUGAUAUUGCACCUAGUAUGCCUUGGCUUAUUCUUGGUGACUUAAAUGAUUAUCUCACUGUUAAUGAUAAAUCUAGUACUAAUAAUCCUCCUGUGUAUGCCAUACAUAAUUUUCAGAGUUUUAUUUCUAAAUCUAACCUUUCUCCUAUGCCUUGUAUUGGUAAUAAGUUUACUUGGAAGCAUGGUAAAUCUUUUGAAAGGCUUGAUUGGUGCAUAGCUAACGAUUCUUGGUUCAAUCUUUUCCCUUUUGCUUCCCUCCACCAUUUAGGGUUUUUUGGUUCUGACCAUCGGGCUCUUAAAAUUUUACUUAGUGAUCCUCAUCAUAAGCAUACUCGUAGUCAUCAUUUUAUGUGUGAGAACUUCUGGUUUUCUGAACCAGACUUUCUUUCUGUUGUGGAGGAUGGAUGGAAGGACACCUUGUCUAAUUUUUGCCCUUCAGAUCCUCUUCGUACUUUCAUGCUUAGGCAAGAGUCCUGUCUUAGGUCUGUUAAGAAAUGGGGUUCUAAUGAUGUAGGCGUUCAGCUGCUCUUAAGCUUUAUUCUGAAUUGCCUUAGUGACGUAGACGUUCAAAUGCUAAAUGAGCCUUUCACUUCUGAUGAAGUGAAGGCUGCCCUUUUUCAAAUGGCUGGUGACAAAGCACCGGGUUUGGAUGGUGUUAAUGCCAUGUUCUAUCAAAAAAAUUGGUCUACUCUUGGUUCGGACCUGUGUGUUGCGGUUCUUUCUAUUCUCAAUAAUAAUGCUGAUAUUUCUACUAUUAAUGAUACGGUUAUUGUUGUUAUUCCUAAGAAAAAGAAUGCUACUAAAAUAAGAGAUUUUAGGCCAAUAAGUCUUUGUUCUACUGUUUAUAAGAUUGUCUCUAAAGUCUUAGCUAAUAGGCUAAAAGAUGUUCUGAAUGGCAUUAUCUCUCAAAACCAAAGUGCUUUCAUUCAGAAUAGGGUUAUUUUUUAUAAUGUUUUUAUUGCUAAUGAGAUUGUUAAUGCUAUUAAUCAUAGGAAAUUAGGUAAGUCUGGCUGGGUUGCUCUUAAGUUAGAUAUGGAGAAGGCUUUUGAUCGCGUUGAAUGGGGUUUCGUGAAGGCUAUUAUGCAGCACCUCCAUUUUCCUGAUAGAUUCAUUAAUCUUAUUCUUAACUGCAUUUCUUCUGUUUCUUUUCAACUUCUUAUUAAUGGCUCCCUCACUAAUAAAUUUUCUUCCUCUAGAGGCCUUAGGCUACAGGAACAUCAUAAGCUUUUCCAAGGUAUUUCUAUCUGUCGCUCAGCUCCUGUCAUUUUGCACCUUCUUUUUGCUGAUGAUAGCCUCCUUUCUCCACUACUACGACCCGUUCAUGCCUGGCCAUUAAAAAUGCUCUUGAUCUGUAUCACAAGGCAAGUUGUCAAUUUCUCUAAGUCUUGUGCUCUUUUUUCUCCUAACACUAUUGCUUCUGAAUCGGAUUUCUUUCGCACAACUCCUAGUCUUGAUAAUAAGCCUUUCAUCAACAAGUACUUAGGUAUUCCUCAGUGUUUUGGUAGAUCAAAAACUGAUCAUUUUAAUUUCCUUCUUCAGAAGAUUAGCUCUAAUAUGAAUUCUUGGACUAACCAUUUCUUCUCCAAGGCUGGCAAAGAAGUGCUUCUUAAAGCUGUUGUUCAAGACAUACCCUCUUAUGCUAUGUCUUGCUUCAGAAUUCCCAUUUCUAUAUGUAAAAAGAUUGAGAGUGUUAUGGCUAAGUUUUGGUGGAGCUCUUCUGGGAAUAAGGGGAAAGUUCACUGGAAAUCUUGGGAGAAGCUUUGUCAAUCUAAAUUUUCUGGGGGUUUGGGUUUUCGUUCUUUUGUGCACCAUAACCAGGCUUUACUUUCAAAGCAAGCUUGGCGAGUGUUUUCCAUGCCAAAUUCUCUUCUUGCUCGCCUCUUAAAAGCCAAGUAUUUUAAGCAAAACUCUUUCCUAGAGGCUACUAAGGGUCAUUGUCCUUCUUUCACUUGGCGUAGCUUACUUUGGGGUCGGGAUCUUCUUAAAAGAGGUCUUUUGUGGAAGGAGAGAUUAUCUACCUAUUUUGAUGAGGAGGUGAUGCAUGCCAUUUUAUCUGUUCCUAUUAGUGAUAUUUCUAUGGAGGACACUCUCAUUUGGGAGCAUCACCCUUCUGGUUUUCUCACUGUGAGUUCGGCUUAUCAUUUGGCCAAUUCUAUUUAUUCUUUGCCAACAUCUUCUAGUAAUGUCACUCUUGUCAAAUGGUGUUCUGAAUCUGUUACCCAUGCUCUAAUAGAGUGUUCCAGAGCUUCAAGAGAAUGGAAGGAUUCUAGGUUCAAAAACUUUUAUUUGCUUAAUAGGAGUGGUGACAUUUGUGAGUUCUUGUUGAAGGGUUUCCAAGAUUUUUCUAAGGAAGAACUCCGUCUCUUUCUUGGAAUCAUCUGGGAAAUUUGGAACCGUCGUAAUAUCAGUUUAAUUAACAAAAAUAAGUAUUCUUUAUCUUCUACUGAUUUUCAGGUUUCAUGUUUGCUGCAAGACUUUGAUGAUGCACAGAUUUUUCAUGAUCGCACUGGUCCUCAACUUCUCUCUUCCUGUAGUAGUGGUAAUUCAACAUCGAUUAUGCCUAAGCCGGGAUCCUUUAAACUAAAUGUUGAUGCUGCUUUGAGUGACCAUUUGCGCAAAGUUGGAAUUGGAGUAGCAGUUUAUUAA